AUGGCAGCCGAUUUCAUUGAGGUGAUAUCACACCGAUUCGGGAUGCCUAACCGGAUCAUCACGGAUCUGGGUACUUCAUGCACCAGAUCCGAGUUCUGGGAGUACUGCCAAGAAAGCUGCAUCGACAUCUACUACGCCUCUGUGGCGCACCCCAGAUGCAAUGGCCAAGUCGAAAGGGCCAACGACUUGAUCCUUCAGGGGCUCAAAGCUAGAAUUUUUGACCCGAUCGGAAAAUACGGUGCAAAAUGGCUCCAGGAACUACCCAGAGUUGUUUGGGGACUCCGCACACAAAGAAGCCGGGCUACCGGCUACUCACCAUUCUUCAUGGUGUACGGUUCUGAAGAAGUCUUGCCAUCAGACAUAGCUUUUGGUGCUCCGUGCAUCCAGAACUACGACGAGUACGAAGCCGAAGUGCCUCGAUGCACGGACAUCGACUCGGCAGAGGAGCACCGCCUGACGGCCUCCAUCCAGCAUGCAAGAUAUGAGCUGCAGCUCCGGCACUAUGUUGACGGCUCUUAA